CCUGGUCCCGGUUACACGGCUUCGUACGAAAACGUAGCAAGGCAUAUCGUCUAAUACAUAAGCGAGACCGUCUGUGGUUGUUUUCGCCCGUUGAGGUGCCCGGUGACCCAUUGGUUUGGAAGAUGUCGCCGUCGUCCACGGGAGACUCACCUCUUUCCGCCGGCGCAGCGAGUAAUUCGGGACGGCCAUUUCCCUUGGCUUCGAGAGAGACUUUCUCAAUCGAGGUCCCUUCGCCGCAGCUUAACCCGGUCACUAACGGCACAACACUAAAAUCUCCGACAGCCCUCAAGGCUCAACGCACCGCAAGUUUCAGCCGUGAGGGAAUAUUAGGCUCGGCACAGAAGGCCCGAAAUCUUUCACAGACGUCUGAAAUCCGUACCGAGCCAACUACCAAUGGCAUGUCGAAAGCACCGAGCGACGAAGGAGUAAACCCGCUAAAGAGGCGGAACACAGAUGCAACUGUCGACUACCCCCGAAGACGGGCCACCAUUGCGUGCGAAGUCUGUCGCUCGCGAAAGUCAAGAUGCGAUGGUACUAAACCGAAGUGUAAGCUCUGUACCGAGCUGGGAGCUGAGUGCAUAUAUCGAGAGCCCGGGAUCAAGCUUGACGCUGGCGACAAGCUCAUUCUUGAGCGAUUGAAUCGAAUUGAGAGUCUUCUUCAAAUUAAUUUGGCAAACGGUCACCCGAACGCCAUACAGAUCGGACACGAUUCUCCACCCAUAAGUAAUGGCACCGCUCUUAGUGGUGAAAACGUUAUGAUUCAGAACUCGUCUGGGAGUUUUGUCUCCAUAAUACCAAGCGGCGGCCUAGGAACAUGGACGAGCCAUCCCCAAGGAACCAACAUAUCCACGAUGCCCAAAGUACACACCAACGCAGCACUACAUCUACUUCAAUGGCCAUUAAUUCGGGAUUUGAUCGGACGUCCAUACGAUCCGCAAAUCAUUCUGCAGCUCGAGAUGGCACGUGAGCCUCUUCACUCACUAGCGAAAACACCUUGUGUCGAUCUAUCGAACACUAACGCUUACAUCGAGGCCUAUUUUGAGAGGGUGAACGUAUGGUAUGCUUGCGUCAACCCUUUCACCUGGAGGAGCCACUAUCGAACGGCACUGUCGACUGGAUUUCGCGAGGGUCCGGAGAGCUGUAUCGUGUUACUGGUACUUUCUUUGGGUCAAGCAAGCUUGCGUGGCAGUAUAUCGAGGAUCGUACCCCAGGAGGACCCUCCUGGCCUACAGUACUUCACGGCUGCAUGGUCACUUUUACCUGGGAUGAUGACCGCUAACAGCGUAUUGGCCGCACAGUGCCAUCUACUAGCUGCAGCAUACCUUUUUUAUCUAGUAAGGCCAUUAGAAGCCUGGAAUUUGCUAUGUACCGUAAGCAGCAAACUGCAACUCUUACUUAUGACGCCAACUCGAGUACCGGAUGACCAGAGAGAACUACUGGAACGAAUUUACUGGAACGCUCUCCUUUUCGAAAGCGAUCUUCUUGCAGAGCUCGAUCUUCCUCAUUCCGGGGUAGUUCAAUUUGAAGAAGGCGUCGGUCUUCCUGGUGGGUUUCAAGGAGAAGAAUCGGAAGCAGUUGGUCGAGACGAUCUCUGGUACUUCUUGGCAGAGAUUGCGUUAAGGAGACUCCUUAAUCGAGUCAGCCAACUUAUUUACUCGAAGGAUUCUAUGGCCUCAACCACCAGUCUCGAGCCUGUUGUGGCAGAGCUGGACUUUCAGCUCACGCAAUGGUACGAAAGCCUCCCGUUGGCCCUCCAGUUCCCGUUCACCCGUACGACUCUACCGGACCCGGUGCAAACGGUGCUACGAUUACGUUUCUUUGCUUGCCGAACCAUUAUCUACCGUCCGUAUAUCUUGGCGGUGUUGGAUAACGAACAGGCCGUAUUGGACCCCUCAGUGCGGGAGAGCUGUCACAAAUGCCUCGAAGCCUCAAUCAGGCAAUUGGAGCACAUAUCUGCACAUCACGCCGGCCAUAUGCCCUACCUCUGGCAAGGCGCGCUCUCUAUUGUCUCGCAGACGUUAUUGGUUAUGGGUGCUACCAUGUCACCUUCUCUAUCUAAUAUCCUGUUAACGCUCGUCCCUCACCGUGAGGUUAUUGAUCAAAUCAUCAAUGACGUAAUUAUGGACAUCGAGAGGAUGGCUAUACUGGCCCCAAGCCUUUCCCUAGCUGCCGAAAUUAUUAAGGAGGCUGAGGUCCGGAGGCGAACAUUCUUGAAUGGCUGACAGAAUUGAUCGGGAAUGACGCAAAAGUAUCGAAUUCCAUGGACGACAUGUCCGGUCCGAAUGCUUUGGGGGCCCCACGACGACAACGAUCCCAUGCUCCGUCCUGGACUCGGCAGUCCGCCACCUCCACGCUUUCAUUGAAGCAUCAAAUUCUACGAUGUCAUAUCUACCCGUUGUCUGGGCCGGCCUGUUCGCGUAUCUGGGAACAGGUGCAGGCACUUGCAGAAGGGUGCCUGUCUAACAUUCUCGGCUAUGCUUGCAAUGCGCUGUCUCUAUUGCACGAGGACUUCUCCCGGGGAAUGCACGCUGCGGUACGACGCUCAAUC